AUGUCUUCUCGAAUCAGUCAAGAAGGUCUCUGUGCAAAAGCAAGGCCAGUCAGCUCCUGGAGAACUGAUUGUUUGGCAUUUCUUCCCCCCCCCCCAGAAAGGGAAUCCCGAGAGCAUGAGGAGCCAACCACGUCAGAGAUGACAGAAGAGACCUACCCACCCAAGGCCUACCGGCCCAAGCAUGGGCGCCUCUCCGAGCUCAAAGCUGAGGCCCUGAAGAAGGACCGUCGGAAGAAGCUGACUUUGGCCAAGUUUGUGGGCAUGGCAGAGAACACAGCACACCCUCGUGUUGUCAUCCCUGAGCUCCGGCAAGAGUUUGAGCUGGGCCCUUGCCGCAGGCACAUGGAGGCAUCGCUGCAGGAGCUCAAAAGCAGCCAGCGGAUGGUCCCCCGGGCUGUUCACCUCCCCAACUGUGACAGAAAGGGCUUCUACAAGCGGAAGCAGUGCAAGCCGUCCCGAGGCCGGAAGCGUGGCUUGUGUUGGUGCGUGGACAAAUAUGGCAUGAAGCUGCCGGGGACUGAUUACCUGAGUGGAGAUCUGCAGUGUCAUGCAUUCGACAGCAGCAAUGUGGAGUGAACUUGCACCCCCUCCCUCCACCCCAUCACUACCCCAGGCUCCCUUCCACCCUCCCUUUCGCACCUCCCCGUGCCCCAGGACUCCGAUUCCUUUCAUCUCAUGUAAGAAGAGAAAAGAUAAAGAAAAGAAAAGAAAAAAGAAAAGAGAAAAGAAAGCACAGAAAAGAGAAAAGAAAAGAGGAAAGAAAAGAGAACAGAAAAGAGAAAAACAAACCCUGAAGAAACUGAGGACUCGGAAUCUACAGCAGCGUCUUGACAACAAGGACUUAGCAAGGAAAGGACAGAGCCAGAGACAAACCAACUUCGGCCACACCACCAUCCCGCAACUCCCUGUGCCUCUCUCCAAUGCCACCUGCACCCCUCUGCUGCAGAGCAGAGGCUACGCCGAUGUAGGAAGCUGUCCGAGUUGGUGAUUUUCUAGUAUGGGUUGUGGGUGGGUUUUUUUGUUGGUGGUUUUUUUUUUUUUUGAUUAGCUAGUCGUUUUCUAAAUGGUCUCGAGAGGAAACCUGGCGGUGAACAGCAUUUCCCCUUCUAACUCCAGUCUGCUGGAGUUUCCUCCCCACAUCACUGGGAUUCACUCAAGUCGAUGUGAUUUCCAUCUCAAACGAUUGCCUGGGAGCCAGGCAGAUUUUGACAGCAUCACAGACCAGGCAGCAGUGUAACAGGAGGAGGAGUCGAACGGUUUGCUUUGUGUCUAGAGAUGAACCGUGGAGGGAAAAAAAGCUCCUGCAACAGCACGAAUACCCGACGCAAAAUAUUCGUGGACUUCAAAAAGAAACAAUCCAAAAAGGAAACAUAUACUUCUCAAUCCAGUUCCUCUUGAAUGGGAAGUCAGAAAUCUUAUUUUUGCAUAAGUGGGACUUUGAAAGUUAUCCAUCCAGGUGUGGAAGCAUUUGUUGCGUGUGUGUCUGUGUGUGUCUGUGUGUGUCUGUGUGUGUCUGUGUGUGCACGUAAGCGUGUGUGUGCAGAGACGUGUCUUUGCCACCUUGCAAAAUUUGCCUCAAAACCUGCAAUCUUGAGAGCUUAACUGUAAGCAGGGGGAGAGCUGCCCCAAAAAAGAAAUCUACUGGACUAAGCACAGGAGCAGACUGAGGAGGUGAAUCAGUGUCUGCAGGAUCAGGGCCCUGUGAAUGUCGAGGUGUGCAUCUGAGCCGAUUCCACAGAUAGCCAUCAACAUCCAUACUUAAGCAUGCACGUGUGGGGACAGGGGGAUCGGGGCCAAAAAUCUUCACCGCCCUUUGCCGCCACGGGGAAGACCAGCUAUGGAGCUUUUUUUAAUUUUUUUUCACAGCCAAAAAAAUCAUUUGCUCCAGGGGAAAAAAUAUGCUUUAUUUUGUCUUAGAUUUUUUUUUUAAAGGCUGGUUAAUAGUCUUUCCCAUGAGUAGGAAAAUGUCAGUCUCCAUCCUUUUGUAUUGAGAUUCUGCUUACGUUUGCCACAGCUGAUUUCCCUUGGCCCCAUCUCUCCACCCUGUAAUUAUAUCCUUGCAAUGGGGCCCUCAAGUUUAAUCCAGGAUCCAGAUCGUUGUUUGGUGACAGCAGCAACGUGGAGACCCACUGACUCAGGCCUGCCUAGACAGCCGUUAGUUGCCUUCCUGCUUUUUGUUUUUUUUAUUUUAUAUGUUCAAUUUGGGGACUGUUUCCUCUGAUUUCUCCAUGACAAGGGUCUCUGCUAAGUUUGUAUUUGGAGGAGAUCCUGCAGCAAAGAAAAGGAAAAAAAAAAAGGAAAG